UUCCAGAAUGCCGUGUCCUGUGAGCCUCUAGCCCUUGUAACAAGACAGCCUAGCCCCAUAGUUUACAUUGAUGCGUACCGUUAGGAACACCACUGGUCUAUCAGCCAAAAAUACUACCCAGUGUUGACUGUUGUCCUGGGCUGGGAUAGAUGUUUAAAUAACGGCCGUUUUCUUUGACAAGCCUUUUUUUAUCCACGAAUCCCCGACCGUCUCGCGACCCUAGCGGCGGGACGACACAACAAUAACCGCCCUGCAUAUGUAAAGCUCACGCGGUUUCCAGCCGGGGCACAAAUUGCCGUCCUCGAAGAUUGAUAGAUUUCUCUUUUCAUUCAUGUUGCAGAUUUAAUUGGCCAAGGCGAUUGUUGGCGCUGUGCUGACACAGAGGGGCUUUCCGGGGGGAGAGCUUCCAGCUGAGCGGAGGAAGAAAGGAGAAACCACCGCGGUAGAGAGCUGUAUCUACCGUGCAGUCUGCGUGGGAGAACCUUGAAGAAGACUUGUACAAGACAAGAGCAUCGUCUUUUCUUCGCAGAACGUCUUCUGUGAAAAGAACUCUGUCAGCAGUACGCACCCACAGUGAGUACAAGUGACGACGACGUAUCGAAAAAUCUAGAAGAGUGGACGUCAGGUACAAAGGCAUCCUGCACAAGCUACUUAAAGGUGGCGCCUACCUCUCGUCUGCAUCUAUUGUUAGAGCAGGGAGGGACAGCGUUGGAAGUUGCCGGAGCGGUCACGUCGUUAAGGCCGGACCAACGCUGAGGGUGAACCCGGCUGUGGUAUGCUGCUGAGAGCGGACUUGUCUUCACGAGGAAGGAUUAGCGUUGGAAAUCCUGUCUGAGGGUUCCGAGUCCAAACCUACGGGACAAAACAGAUCAGCGCGGCACCUUUGUGCGAGACCCGGAGAGCAGGGUUCGUACAGGCGUCGGGCAGGCCGCUGGAGCCGGGACAAGUCUUUCUCAAAGGGCUCGGCAUUGUUGGCAGUACGCGCCGCGGCUUGGAGAGGAUUGUGUCGGUGUUAAUCCAGUCUGAGGGCCGGGAAGUACACUUGUCAGCGCGCUGGGGUUAGGUCGAUACCCCUGUAGUAGACCCCCCGACUUCUGGACAACUCAAACUCGGCAGAGUCACAGGACUCAACAAAAGGGGUUGGUAAAGAGAACAAAAAAUCGUCCAACGUUUCUGUGGGAAUUGGGUCACUGCAUCUUGACAACGAUUCUGGAAAUCGUCUGCCUAACAUUGCUGAACACAAACUUGUCAAAAUAUUGGUAUCGAAACAAACUAUCCGAAAUUCAUAUAAAUCAACUCCCACUAACUGCCUUUAAACACGUCGCAGGCAUUUUGCUGAUGUGAAACAACGGAAGACUCUUCGCGAAAAUCGACCCGCAUUCUUGAAGCACGUUGCUUCUUAAGGAAGGGGCUUGCCUGAUUAACUAGCGUAAACACGCUGGAGUGGCCGCCCAGCCUCUCAGCACCGACUUCCGCUUGCGAAGACCCGUACGUCUGCGGUAGGGUUCAUCUACAAGGAGGUUCCCCACAUUCACAGAAGUGACGACGAAACACCAACAAAACCUCUAGUAACCUGUGCCGUUGUGGCCCAUUUAAAAACACCUAACGUCCAAGUGCGCUACCUCCUGUCGGAAGCGUACGGCCCUUAAGGGUUCUUAAGGGCAUCACAAGGGCCAGGUCGUCGCCAGGACUCUGUCACCCGGCCGGAAACGGGGAGAGGCGAGUGGAGUGUGAAAAAACGAGGCAUCGGAAAAACAAAAACGCGUGUUUUCGUCUUGACACAGCUGUCUUUGCUGAUACACCAGGGUGAAUACAUCGGAGGGGAGGCAGAACAACGAGAGAAAUAUCAGACGUACAAACCGAGAGUCUGGUCUGUGUGUCUAAACCAGCCAUCCUCUUGUAUCUUGCAUUUCUCGCGUUCCUUCACAUCUGGAGUAGUGCGUCCUGUACAUGUGAACUUGGAGCGGACGGAUGUACCGUGUGAGUCCACCUGCCGUACCGCCUAGAUUGUACCACAAAGCCGACACCGACGCAGUAAGACUAUAUCAUGCACAUCUGUGUUGACGGCGUGCAGCCCGACAAAACCAGCCCGUGUUUAGGCACUGGAACCGGAGUCGUCCCCGACAGACUUCUGUGUUUUGAAACAGCCAUGUCAGCGACUCGAACUAGAGACCUAAACAAGACCACCGUGUCGCGACCUGUGUUGGGUGGUCAGAAGAGACCGCAGUUCGCUCAGAACGCCACGGAGAGCUGCCGGAAAUUCAACUCGGACGUUUAUUCUUUCAUUAAGGACGGAAACGCGUUACUCAGGAGCGAAAAUAGAGUUGCAGAAUCAGAAAAUAUGAAGGGCAUCAUUGAAGGGCGCGCUAAGGUCAAGGAUGCAUCAGCUCCGGUGAAAGAGGACACUCAAAUGCGGUCGGACUGGAAAAGACCGCGGUUUGAAGUAGAGAAAGUGCACGUUUAUACUCUAUGUUGCUGGAUAGCGUCUUCUCCGUCUAAUGUUGUGGACGUUGACAUUGACAUUGAGGAUUCGAACCCGGAACCGCCGAGUCUGCACGACGCCGCAGAAGACGGCGAUGUUGAGCUCGUGAGAACUUUGGUGAGGACGAAGCUGGGAGACGUGAACCUGGUGAACAAGUUCGGGCACACCGCGCUGCACGAGGCGGCCUGGGGAGGACACACGGAGAUCUGCCGUGUCCUGGUCGGGGCAGGGGCGAGGGUGAACCCGAGCACGUCCCGUCCGUGGGGCGGUGGAGACACACCCGUCCAUUUCGCUGCCUUUGAGGGACACCUGUGCACCUUGCGGUACCUGGCGGGCGCCGGGGCGGACUUGGACGCGCGGAACGACUCGGGAGAGACGGCGGCGCACAACGCGGCGAGGAUGGGCCAGGCAGGCGUGGUGAGGUACCUGGCCAGGUGUGGAGCCGACCUCAGCCUCAGGAACGACAGCGGCAGGACUGUGCACGAGCAGGCGGUGGAGUUCGGCCACCGGAACAUCGGAGAAUGGAUCCACAGAUUCACUCGCAACCCCAGACCUCUGCAGGACUUGUGCCGUGACGUCAUCAGAAGCUGCGUUGGUCCCACCAGGACGGCAGAAAUCGAUGACACGCCAGAGAUACCACCUGGACUGACGCCGUAUCUGAAACUCCAGCAUUGAAACUCCCGAAAUCUUUUUAAAAGUUUUGCAAUGGAAUGGAGAUGGAACAUCCUUCGUCACUACUACCUGCAUUUUCUUAUCAAACUUUACCGUCAAGAUUUGUGGACUGUGUUCUCAGUGACUUGGUGAAAGAGUUCAGACACUUGUGUGAGGGUGCACAGUAAUAUGAGAUCGUGGGCGGAAGCUAAAGGAUUUUUGGCCAGUGAACUCUUGAGCUCAAGAGAAAAUGCUGGCAUUCAUCUGAAUGGAGAAAAGUUGGUGGUAAGGAUUCUGACUUGAAGAUAUGAGCCAUCAGAACAUAACCCUUCUCUACCAUGAGGAUAUGCUGAAGAUGCCUGCCUUCCACACUGGACUCAUAGCGCCCUCUAGUGUUCAGAGUGAUAACUGCAGUCCCAGAGAUCCAGCGAAUGCAUGAAGAUAUUGAAUCCUGAUGCAGACAUCUCAGUAUCUUGCAAACGUGUGUGGAAAUGAUUUUGCUCACAGUAUGAUCACAAUGUAGUCGCCACUGAAUCCUGUGACCAAACUGUGGACUGUACUGCAAUAAUUUUUCACUGUGAACUAGAAAGCCUUGAUUAUUGUCUAACAGUGUGAUAAACUA